UCAAACAAAUGUUUAUCUCCAAAGAAUUCGCAUUGAUAAAACGAAAAAAGUGAAAAAUUGCAAACGCCCGCACAAACAAUUCCCUGCAGAUGCUAAAAAUAAUCGUGAAAUCAGUCUCAUCGACGCCAUCACCGCCAAACAUCCGCUGCAAAUUGCGUUCCGUGCUUGCAGGCAAGUAAAACAUCAUCCGCUGCUGCCUUGCAGACGCUCGCAAACGACAGAGGAAGAGGGUGUAGUACCUUCUUUUCUUUCACGGCGCAGUGGAAUGGACGGGCUGGACACGGCCAGCUUCGGCGAGCUGCAGGACAAGAACGAGAUUAUCCGGAAGUACAUCGAACAGCUGGAUCAGCUGAAACGGCUGGCUGCGUUGCGGGGCCGCAUCAGUGAAUCCGAAUUCAACAACUAUCUGGUUCGGCACUAUUUCCACAACAAUAACAUUAUCAAUUACAUAUUCGACAAGAAUACCAGUCGGAUUCUGCUCAAGACGGUUAUCGACCGGAAGAAGAAGAUUAUAAACUUCAUAUUCGUGCUGCUGACGCUGUUCAUCAUAUUUUCCUACAAACAUGAAGUGUCGACGGUAGUCUUGCGCAACAUACAGAGUUUUAUCUAUCCGGGAAUGCGGGUUUGGAGGAAGGUUACGGUGCCAAUAAUCGCUAGUUAUCCGUCGCUGACGGAGUACUACGACGAGAGCUGUCUGCUGACAAAUCCCUAUUUCCAAGUGGAAAACCUAAACUGUGAUCCCUGUGCGGACGUUGCCAACGUACUGGAUUUUACCAACGUCGACCAUGUCGCCGUCAAUUAUCCGUAUAUUUUUAAGACUCAGAAAGAACUAGUCGACAUCCAUCGGCUGCAAACGCUGUACGAGCAGCAUCGUGCCAUUUUCACCAAGGAUGCGUACAAAAUCCAUUCGACACACGAGCACAUCAGCAACUUGGAUGAUCUGUUCAAGCAAUUUAUGAACGCCAGCCAUCAGGUGGAGAGUCACAGCGUGUGGCGCUGUAACCGGAUGGCUCCGGCAAGGCUUUUGAGGGCACUUUUUCCCCGACCUGCACGACUUCCACCGACCGGGGUGAGUUUGGAGCGAUACCUGAUAGUGGAUACACCACAGGCGGCACCCUAUCGGAUUCCGGACGCCGAGUGUGCGAACAUGUUUGUGAUUCAGGGUUACGGCAGUAGGACGUUUCUCUUGCGACCUACGCAAGAGUGCAGGCAUGUCUGCCGAACGUUAUCGGUACGAUUACCGGCUAGCUAUGGGCUCAUCUACAACUGGUGGUACUGGAAGCCAAUUUCCUUACCAGAACAGUACGCUAAGUCGCCCUCCAUCAGCUAUAUCGGGUCAUAUUGUUGAGGCAAUAACGUGAAAUCAGCCAAAAAAAAACGAAAAUAUUUGCAAUGGAAAAAGUUGAGCGACGAAUCUUUCCAACCAACUCACCGAAAUUUUUCUUUGGGAGAUUUGUAUCCAGAUUGCGCAGGCCCCUAAAGCAUGUUGGUUCCAAUUGCGCAGCUCAAAACGAUUUAGGCAAACUAGCAACUAUUGUGUUUACACUUCACUAGUGUGAUUUGUUUACCGCCUGUACAUGUUACACAGGGCACUAAUAGCGGUGAAAGAAAUAAUGUCAAUCAGUAUUGCAACUGUCAAAAGUGUGCCCAAAAACAGUAAUACAUGUCUCAUAAGUAAGCGGAAUCUUUCUAGUGAACGGUAGCAUUUGCAGAAAAAGCUUUUCGAGAAACAUUUAUCAGUAAGCAUACCAAAAAACACUUAUAAGUUUAUCGUUUUUUUUGUUUGUUUUUUAAACUAAUUUAGUGCGUGUGUUUGAUAUUUCGUUAGCACUUUUGCAUUUAGUUCGUAAUUUACGUGUUAUUAUAGAUACGCUAUACAUAGAUAAGAAUUUUUCCAGUCUUCUUUUUUAAAACAUUUACAACGUACUUCCACUUCAAGGGUGUUUGCGUUCGGACGCCUUAGUAAGCUGCAUCCUUACAAAACUGACGACCCACACUGAGAUUCCUUAUUCGAAUUUUUAUUCCUGUGACUGACGCAAAUCUGAAAAAACUGCGAUAAUUUAGGUCCUGUUGUAUUUAUUUCGUAACCGAAGCCAAAACUAAUAAUUGACAUACUUAAACGGGGGAAGCAGUGAGUGUUAGUCCCAUAAAAAAGCAAGCUUCCCGAAACUAGAAAAACUUUGACCAUAAGAACCUGCCAUAACGAUUGUUCGUGAAAAUAAUUUGGUUUAGAAUUUUGCCCCCCGCUAAAUUGAUUGAUAGAUGUGCGAUGCGAUUGAUGUAAACCAGAUUGGAGUGAUUUGGGGGAAAUCGUGUUCCCCAGUGUCUCGAAACAGAGCAGGUCGUCAUAAGCAACAGCGGACGAUUGAUUAGUCAGAACGGAAAGGUAGUUAGCUGACGUGUUUAGGUGGAAAAAAUAGCUUUAUGUAAUGUAUUGUAAAACAAAGCACAUAUAUUUUUUGCUGUAUUACACAGAUAAAUUCCAGCAACAAGUAACAGUAUAAUGAAUACCGGUAACAGAGGAAAUUAAAACAAAUGUAUAUAACCGCUCAAAAAA